AUGGACCAUCGCGCAAAUCCAUCAGCUCAUAAGAGCAAAACACCCCGAGAACAACAAAAUAUUACGACCGAGAAGCGGACUGAACGGAUGGUAAUCCACUCGAGAGACAAAACCCAUGUACGAGCGCGAAAUCCUGUCAAAGAAUCGUCCAGUGCAGGGAAUCGAGGCGAAUGGGAGAGAUCCAAGUCAAAAAGAGCCAGUCAGGUGGACGGCGCCAGUCCCAACUUGCGCAAAAAAGAAAAGGAAUCAUCGGAGGUGACCUGGAACCCACAUGCGUCCUUAAUCCCGCAUUCCACCGCGCCCUUGGCUACUCGAGUUUCGGUCCCCCCUUUAGCUUCGGCUCUGCCUCAAUCGCUACAGCCAACACCCCUCCGUGAACUGCUGGCCGACGCGCAAGAAAAGGUACUACUGGAGGAUUUAUUGUUUGUGUUUAUGGGGUUUGAGGGCCAGUAUAUUCACUAUCAUGGUUCUUAUGACCCAGCCGUGGAAAAAGACCGGUUAACUGGGCCGGUCUUCCAUGUGCCGUCAGGGUUAGAUCCCACUCUCAGGGAUCUCACUACUUCCAUGUUGAAGAUGGCUACGCAUUACAGCGCGUUGGAGGCUUUCGUGGAGAUCCAGAGUCGCGCGGAGUACGGCGCUGUCAACCAUGCUCUAUGUGCCACGAUCAGGAAACUACUGAAAGAUUACUUGAUUCUUAUUGCGCAGCUCGAGAAUCAACUCUUACAUAACCCAGCGUUCACCCUGCAUCUUCUUCAUCUCCACACGAUGCCAACCGCCCAAUGUUUGAGUCAGCUAUACUCUUUGGGUCAAGAACUGCUUCGGCGAAAUGGCCUACUAGAUCAGGAUCUUGACGAGUCGAUUGAUGACUUUGACGACGUUGAUAAUAUCCUGGAGCAACUCAAAGAAGGAGGAGAUCUUGUACCGGGUGCCAUGUCGAGCAAGAAAAUUUGCAAGGGAGGCAAUGUCCUCCGACUUCUGACUGAGCGACUCGCCACAUAUUCUGGAGAUCCCACCACCAAAACUCUCCUGGAAAAGCUGCUCCGGGAAGCUAGUCGGCCAUAUAUGGCCAUGCUAAACGAGUGGCUGCACCACGGAGGGAUCAAGGACCCCCAUGCCGAAUUCCUUGUUAAAGAGCAGAAAUGGAUUAAACGAGAGAAGCUCGAGGAAGACUAUACAGAUGAAUAUUGGGAGAAGCGAUAUACGAUCCGAGAGAACGAAGUCCCUCCACAACUGGACAGCGUGAGAGAUAAAGUUCUCCUGGCAGGAAAGUAUCUCAAUGUCGUGCGAGAGUGCGGUGGUGUCGAUGUGAGCAAAGCUGUCAAGGACGUGCCGAAAACGCUCGACGACCCGCGGUUUUUGGAGAACGUCAAUGCAGCUUACACAUACGCCAACGCAUCCCUACUAAAUCUUCUCCUAACAAAGAACUCGCUCACCACUCGUUUUCGGUCGCUGAAACACUAUUUCUUCCUCGAUCGUUCCGAUUUCUUCUCGUACUUCCUUGAACUGGGAGCGUCGGAACUCCGCAAACCAGCCAAGAGUGUGAAUGAAAACAAGCUCCAAUCUCUCCUAGAUCUCGUUCUGCGUCAACCCGGUAGUAUUGCAGCGCAGGAUCCCUUCAAAGAAGAUGUUAAAGUUCGGAUGAACAAAAUCGGCUUAACAAAAUGGUUGAUGCAGGUUGUGAGUGUGUCAGGGAUCGACCAGGACAAUCCCGAAGCAGCUUUCGAGAAAUAUCAGGCCCCUCCAACCCAAGGUGGAGACGAUGAGAGGGAUAUUGCUGGGUUCGAUGCUCUGGAGCUCGAUUACUCGGUACCCUUCCCCCUGUCUCUCGUUAUCAGUCGAAAGACCGUUCUCCGCUAUCAACUCAUCUUCCGUCAUCUUCUGUCGCUUCGUCAUUUGGAAAACCUGUUAUCUACAGCCUGGCUAGACCAGAACAAAGUGCUUGGCUGGCGACAUAAAUCAUCAGACCGAAGGUUGGAAAUGUGGAAACGGCGCGCAUGGAGUCUUCGCUCAAAGAUGCUCGUGUUCGUCCAGCAGCUUCUCUACUUCUGUACUGCGGAGGUGAUAGAGCCGAACUGGCAGAACCUGAUGGACCGAGUUAACGGGACGGACGCAGACGGGUCUGAAGUGACCGUGAACGGCACCAAACAGGUGAACCGGACAGUCGAUGAACUAAUGCAGGACCACGUCGACUUCUUGGACACCUGCCUGAAGGAGUGCAUGCUCACCCAGGCUAAGCUUUUGAAGAUCCAUUCAAAACUGAUGACCUGCUGCACGAUGUUCGCAUCUUGGACUGCCUCGUCGCUGGCACGGGCUUUGGCAUCGGCGGACCCGGAUCUCACAGGAAACAAAGCCGCCAGUACCGACGGAAGGGGUUACGACCCGACGCGCAUUGGGAAACUGGAGGACACGCUGAAGCGAUACGAGGAUCAUUUCAGCCGUCACCUCCGAAUCCUGAUGGACAGCCUGAAUUAUUUCGCGGCCACUGAAAGCGUUGUCCUUCUCAAACUGGCGCACGCCCUGAGCGCCAUAAGCAAGGAAGACUGA